AUAAUAGUGAGCCGUAUGAUGAUAAACCAUAUUAUGAUGAGCCAUAUUAUGAUGAGCUAGAUGGUGAUGAAAUUGAUGGUGAUGAAAUAGAUUAUGAGCUGGAUGGUGAUGAAAUGGAUUAUGAGCCGAAUGAUA